GUGUGUGUGUGUGUGUGUGUGUAUGUUAUAGCCAAUUCCUUUCUUGCUCUUUCUACCUCCGAAAGAAAAGGGCCUCUCAGAAAAAAGUUUCUACUUCCUUUCAUUUGUCUCCUAAAUAUGCUUUUACAGCGUGGUUGUUGAAUCCCAUGGCCCUCUAGAAACUGCUCCUGAAUUUUACGGGCUGUUUUUGGUUACAUGGAAGAGGAGAACAUACAAGCUCCUUUCUGUUUCUUCAGAACCAGGUUUGUUGAAGCUGGGAUUGAUUGGUAGAGCUCUGUUUUUUGUUGUGGAAACAGGGCAGCGAUUUGGGGUGGAGGAGAAUUCAGAACCAGAGGUGUGAGAUAGAAACCGAUUUCAAAGGCCGUGGUUUUGCUGAAUUUCAGGGGAUUUUUUUGAAUUUCUUUGAUUUGGUUUGAAGAAACGAUGACUGUUUUGGAUGAAAAAUGCAAAUUUUGAUCUGGGUUUUUGCUUGAAAGAAGAGGAAAAACUCUUGAAAUCAUUGGUUAGAAUUAGCUUGUGGAGAAGGAGAGAUAGAAAAAUAGAUAUAGAGAGAGAAAGAAGGGGGAUAUUUUUGUAACUUGCUAUAAUGGAGGCAGAAGCGGCCCCGACUGAGCAGCCGCAGGCGGUGGCGCAGCCAACCUUGUCCCGGAAGAAGAUGACCAAGCAGUUAACGGGAAAGCGCGAUGAUACGCCUUUACAUUCCGCGGCGAGGUCUGGAAGGAUGGCGGUGGUGAUGGAUAUCCUUGAAAAUACAGAAGAGGGUGAGUUGAAGGAGUUAUUGGCAAAGCAAAACUCAUCUGAUGAAACAGCACUAUAUGUUGCUGCAGAAUAUGGUUAUGUUGAUUUGGUCAGGGAGAUGAUCAAGUACUAUGAUCUCGCCAACGCCGGAAUCAAAGCGAGAAACGGGUUUGAUGCGUUCCACAUUGCUGCCAAACAAGGGGAUAUGGAUGUGUUGAAUGUGCUUAUGGAGGCUCAUCCGGAACUGACUAUGACGGUGGAUCUAUCAAACACCACGGCUUUGCACACAGCUGCGAUGCAAGGGCAUAUCGAGGUGGUGAACUUUCUAUUGGAGGCAGGAAGCAGCCUGGCAACCAUUGCUAGAAGUAAUGGAAAAACCGCGCUGCAUUCUGCAGCGAGAAAUGGUCAUUUGGAGGUUGUGAAGGCGCUUCUGGACAAGGAGCCUGGUAUUGCAACGCGGGUGGAUAAGAAGGGGCAGACGGCGCUGCACAUGGCGGCUAAGGGGCAGAAUCUUGAGGUGGUGGAGCAGUUGAUCAAGGCAGAUCCUUCUUUGAUAAACAUGGUUGACGGUAAAGACAACACGGCGUUGCAUAUAGCUACCCGGAAGGGUAGAGCUGAGAUUGUUAAGAUGCUACUCGAACACAGUGAAACCAACACAAAAGCAGUAAACAAGUCUGCAGAAACUGCCCUUGACACUGCCGAGAAAACUGGGAACCCGGACAUUAAAGCUUUUCUCCAAGAGCGCGGUGUCCAGAGUGCUAAAGAAAUCAAACCACAAGCUACAAACCCAGCUCGAGAGCUGAAACAAACAGUGAGUGACAUAAAACACGAAGUCCACCACCAGCUAGAACACACUCGCCAAACCAGAAGACGAGUUCAAGGCAUUGCCAAACGCCUUCACAAAAUGCACACGGAAGGCCUCAACAAUGCCAUAAACUCCAACACUGUCGUUGCUGUCCUCAUAGCCACGGUCACCUUUGCAGCUAUUUUCCAAAUCCCUGGCCAAUACGUUGAUGACCCCGAAGACAUUCCUGCGGGGCAGUCACUUGGCGAGGCAAACAUUGCUCCCAAACGCUUCAUAAUCUUCUUCAUCUUCGACUCCAUUGCGCUCUUCAUUUCUCUGGCUGUUGUGGUGGUGCAAACUUCUGUUGUGGUGAUCGAGAGCAAGGCGAAGAAGCAGAUGAUGGCAAUCAUCAACAAGCUAAUGUGGUUGGCUUGUGUGCUUGUUUCCGUGGCAUUUCUGGCGCUCUCUUUUGUUGUGGUGGGUCGUCAGACAUGGCUAGCAAUUGGAGUAACAAUCAUCGGAACUGUAAUCAUGGCUGCAACUCUGGGAACCAUGUGUUUCUGGGUAGUUAGGCAUCGGAUUGAGGCGAAGAACAUGAGAAGCAUUCGGAGAUCAUCGUUGGACAGCAGAUCGCGCUCGUGGUCUUUGUCUGCAGUAAUGUCUGAAUCUGAGCUGCUCAACAAUGACUAUAAGAAGAUGUAUGCAAUUUGAAACUGCUUCCAUACACGCCUGCAUCAUAUUUUUGUUUUGCCACCAUUGGGCCUAAAAGGUGUCCAUAAUUAUUAUAAAAUCAACUUCAAAAAUGUAUAUUGUCUACAAGGAGUUGAUCAUAGUUUUUAGCCAAAAUGCACCUUGAGAUCGACAUAACUCCUCAUUUUAGUUUUUGAGAUUUAAAAUUGAUGGAACUGGUCCUCGAUUUUCUCUA